CUAGCUCCUAACUCUCAGGAAACCAUGGCAUUUAAAACCAUCAUGGAGGCCCCCGUUUGUCUAAUAGAAAACCAGAACGAACAGCUGAUGGUGAAUCCAAACGCACUGAAGAUUCUCGACAAGAUUUCUCAGCCUGUGUUGGUGGUGGCCAUUGUAGGCCUAUAUCGUACAGGCAAAUCUUACCUAAUGAACCGCCUGGCAGGACAGAGCCAUGGCUUCCAAGUGGGCCCCACAGUGGAGUCUGUAACGAAAGGCAUCUGGAUGUUGUGUAUACCUCACCCCUCCAAGCCCAAUCACACCCUGGUCCUUCUGGAUAUUGAAGGGCUGGGCAACGUGAAAAAGGCAGACCCUAAGAAUGACUCGUGGAUCUUUGCACUGGCCGUGCUCUUGAGCAGCACCUUUGUCUACAACAGCAUGAAGACCAUCGACAACCAGGCCUUGGAGCAACUGCACUAUGUGACUGAACUAACAGAGCUAAUCAGAGCAAAAUCCUCCUCCAGAUCUGAUGAAGUAGAGGAUUCCACUGAGUUUGUGAGUUUCUUUCCAGAUUUUGUGUGGGUUGUACGGGAUUUCACCCUGGAGUUGGAGAUAGAUGGAAGCCCCAUCACUGAAGAUGAGUACCUGGAGGAUGCCUUGAAGCUGAUUCCAGGCAGGAAUCCCAAAAUCCAAAAUUCCAACCUGUCUAGAGAGUAUAUAAGGCAUUUCUUCCCCAAAAGGAAGUGCUUUGUCUUUCACCAGCCUACAAGUGAGCAUAAUCUCUUACGCCAGAUUGGAGGAGUGCCAGAAGAAAAGCUGGAUUUUAAUUUCCAGGUGAAAUUAAAAGAAUUCUGUUCCUAUAUCUUGGACCAUGCAGAGACCAAGACCCUGAGAGAGGGAAUCGUCAUUACUGGCAAUCGGCUGGGGACUCUGGUGGAGACCUAUGUGGAUGCUAUCAACAGUGGAGCAGUGCCUUGUUUAGAGAACGCAGUGACAACUCUGGCCCAACGUGAGAACUCAGCAGCCGUGCAGAAGGCAGCUGACCACUACAGCAAGCAGAUGGCCCAGCGCUUGAGGCUCCCCACAGACACACUCCAGGAACUGCUAGAUAUGCACGCGGCCUGUGAGAGGGAAGCCAUUGCACUCUUCAUGGAGCACUCCUUCAAGGAUGACAAGAGGGAAUUCCAGAAGAAUCUCAUGGAAACCAUAAAGAAAAAGAAGGAGGAUUUCACAAUGCAGAAUGAAGAGGCAUCUGACAAAUACUGCCAGGCUGUACUUAAGCAGCUUUCUGAGCCCCUGAUAGAAAGUAUUUCAAGAAGAACUUUUUCUGUUCCUGGAGGAUACAGUCUCUACUUAGAAGUAAAGAAGAAAAUUGAGCAGGACUAUGCCCAAGUGCCCAGGAAAGGAGUUAAGGCAAAUGAGAUUCUCCUGAGCUUCCUGCAGCGUCAAGUGCCAAUAGAAGAAUCCAUAUUGCAGUCAGAUAGAGCCGUCUCUGAUGCAGAGAAGGCCAAAGCAGUGUUGAAGGCGAGGAUAGAGGAAGCUGAGAAGAAUCAGGAGAUGCUAAAAGGUGAAUAUCAGAAUCAGCAGAUAAAGGACCUACAGAGGAGCUUUGAGGAAAACAUGAAGCAAUUAGAAAGGAAACUACAGAGGGAAAGAGAAAGCUCUCUGAAAAUGCAGGAAAAGAUGUUGGAGCAUAAGCUGCAGUUGCAGAGAGAGCUGAUGGUUGAAGGAUUUAAAAAGCAAUCUGAGAUAUUAAACGAACAGAUAAAUCAACUACGAGAAGAGAUUAAAACAACAAAGAAAAAUAAAUUCUCCGGGGUUUCAGAGGUACUUGAUGCUGCUGCGCCAAUAUUACGGGGAGCACUAUGUCUGCUGCCACUUGCACUAGGGCUUUUCUUGCCUUAGAAUUCUUGUUAAGGAAAUUAUACAACGAAGAUUCUUUUGUUUAUGUUGUGACUCAUUUUUGAAGUAUAUAUGUCAUGUGAGUUUCAUUUAACAAAAGUUUAAAAAUAAAAAGUAAUUUCUAGACAAUAUAAGAGACUACCAUAAACAAGGACAAAAUUAAAAUAGAAUAAAUUUAAAGAAAUGAGAAAAAAUAAGUUAGAAGGUGUAAUAGAAGCGAAUAUCAAAUUUGCAAUACCAUCAAAACAAAAAAAAUAUGGUGGAAUAUAAUUACCAAGAAGAAUGUACAAUUACUAUGAAGAAAUAUUUAAAAUGUUACUAAAGGAUACAAAAACUAAUAAAAAUGGACAAAAUAGUAAUGUCAAUAUGCUAUAAGUCAACAUAUACACUUAGCAUGAUUCAAAUAAAUAUAUCACACCUUUUUUUGGAAGUAGGCCAAUUUAUUUUAAAGUUUGUAGGGAAAACCACAAACAAAAAUAUCCAAUGCAAUUUGGAAAAAAAUGAGGGGGGACCAGCUCUAACCAUACAUUAAAACAUCUCUACAAUUAGCGCAGUAGUGCUGGUAUCUUAAUACUCAAACAGCAAUAUAACAGACUUGAAAGUCUAGAAAUCAAUGCAAAGUCAUACAGAAAUUUAGUGUAUGAUAAAUUUAGUGUUUCAGAUUAGUGAAGGAACACGAAUUAAUCAGUAAAUGGUAUUUGGACAACAGGUAGCCACAUGUAAAGCCGCUGGUAAAGAUUGAUCAGCCUUUACUAGGAAAACUUUGCCUGAACGUAUACAGGAGGGUGUAGUCGGGGCAGUGAAUUGCUCUACUCAAUCUGCAAAAUAGUGAUGAGGAUAUCAAGCGAAGCCAGGGUAGAUCUUGGAUGCUUUAGAUAUAAUUGUACAAACAAAUACUUCUAACCCAAGCAUUCAGGUAAUGAACGGAAGGGAUGUCUUUUAAUUCUUUAGGAAUUUAAUCAAGCCUUACCAACUGGUCAUUUAAGACUUUGGUCUUUCCUUCCUGGAAUAAACACAUCUUAUUUUAUGGUGUAAUAUUCUUUAAUUGUGAAGCUACAUUUCUGUAUUAUUUACUAGGAGAGGGGAAGGAAUGUGUAGAAGUACUAAUUUCCUUACUUGAUAAAGUAGGAAGUUCAUCGAUACAUAUAAAAUUGAGAAUUGUAAUUGGUUUCGGUAAAUUGAAGCCAUUUCAGUCCUCUUCACUGUGGUCUUAGGGCUGUUGCAGGGCUUCUGGGGAACUGCAUUCACAGAGAAGAAAGGACACAUGGGAAUAAACAGUACAUUUUCUUUCUCAGUAUGUUGAGUCCACAUUUAGUACUCAGAACAAAAGCAUCCAUUUUGAAAACAUGAAGGCAGCUGUCCUAAGAAAAUAAGAAAACAGUAGUCAGGAAAAAAGAGAAAGAAAUCAGGAUCCUUAAUGAUACGCUUGAACUGUAUAUUAACCCAGCACCACUAAUGGCUUUCACCCAGAUUUUGUGGAGGUUAGAUUCUAAGUGUUUAAACUUAGGCCAUUUUAAGUCUUCUACUUUUGUAAACUACAUUAUGGUUUUUUGCUUGUGCUUGCAUUAUUUUUAUGAUUUAAAAAUAUUUUCAAGUAAUGGCAAAACAUACUGAAAAAUUUUUAGAAAAAUUAAAAGUGAGGAAGGUGACCUUGGCAUGAUAAAAAUAGACACUAUUUUUCAAUUGUCAAAAUCAUGGUUAACGAUGAUUCUUACUGUCAUGCGCUUGAGAGUCAGUAUCACCAUAAUAAUUUAAUAUGGUUCUGGGGGGUCUUAAGCCACAUAUUGGGACAAAAAAUAGUAUACAUUUAAAUUGAAUUUGAAAUGUAGUCCACCAUUUUUCUCUUCCUCUAACACUCACUCAGGAGAUUUGGCCUUACCGUGUCUUUUAAGUGUUCUCUUCAGGACAAUUUCUCAGCAUUCGUGGCCUUUCCCCAGUAGUCCUGGCUCCAGAAUAGGCCACAAUUCUGUGGAUCAAUAUAGCAAUUUCUUCAUACCAUAGUACAUACAAUGAGAUGACAGAUUGAGAGAAGCUACUAUUUCUUAUUAUAUUCUUUUCCCUGUCUGCAAAAUACACAUCCGACAGGAAUAUCUUAACAAAUAGUCAAAAUAAAUGAAUUCAAAAACUAUCUUCACAGAGGAGAGGAAGAGUUUAGAUUUUUGACAAUAAUGUCUUUCCUUAGGGUCAAAAGGCCAAGGGAAUAUGUUUUUCAAAUUAUGUACGAGGCUAUAUAAAAAUCUAUAACUAUAAAUUAUCUAUAAGUUAUUUUUAAAUUAGUAUAAAUUGUAAAUAAUUUAAUUACCUACAAAUCAAUUUAUAUUUGCCUGCUAUGUCCAAUACUGUUAUAACAGGAUUCUGGAGGAAUCUCAACAGGUCAUCCUAAUUUUCACUCAGAGAAAUUGGUUAAUAAGAGGAUGCAAAACAAUGUAUUGGAAUAGAAUUUCACUACCAGAUGCGAAAACAAAACUUGAAGUCAUUUUAAAUUAAAAUACUGAGUUUAAUAAGUGUAGAUAGAAACAGGAAUUCUGGGAAGAUGGCAGAUUAACAGGUUUAAGUUUUCACCUUCCCCCAAAAGCACACUAAGAAAACUGUGCUCAGCCUUGAAGGACUCUGAAUCGGUGAGCAGAGGAGAGCAGAAGAGAACUGCAGUUGGACACAAAUUAAAGACCAGCCACAUAUGCAGUAACACUGCUUCUUACACUGUCUCUGCCCCUCCCACCCAGCCACACGCAUAUACUACCAGCUGAUGUAAACUAAGGAAGCAGCCUCAGUAAAAGAGUUUGCUAUCCCAGGAAACAUACACCCUGCCUGGGCAAAGAUGAAAGUGCCUAACUUCUGCUCUGAAAUCAACAAGGUAGUCCUCCCUGCAGGUUCUUUCAGAGUAUGCCUCCUCUCCCCCUUCUGGUAACUGUCAGUUGCUACAAACUACUAUAGCUACAGAAGCUCUACAGAAGUACCCCUGCAGUGAAUCCUGAUGCCACAGCCAAAACACUGCCUGCCUGUGCACACGGAAAAUCCAAUAGCUCAGGCCUGAAAUCAAUAAGCCAGAUCUCCCUGAGGGUCUGUUCAAGUCUGUCUACCCCACCAGUCAGCACUGAGAACAGCUGACUGUGGCUGCUUUGAGCUAGAAAGUGGAUGCCUUAAGUGAGGCCUGCUCCCCCAGCCACCACACUGCUACUGGAGCUCUGAAAACAGUAACAGAUCGCCCUGGAAGUCCAUUUGGGUCUGUCUGCCCCCUCCCCCUAAGUUAGCACUGAGAACUGCUGGCUGUGGCUGCUAUGAGCUAUGAAGUCGGUGUCUUAAAUGGAGUCCAUGACCCCAGGCACACACUGCUUCCCUGUGCAAAUGCGAAAGGCACGAGCCUCUAAGAUCAACAAGACAGAUGUCCAGGGGAUUUUUCUGGGUAGUGUCUCCCCUCCCCCCCGACAUGGAACAAAGUCUGACUGUGCUUGCUUCCCCUGAUUGCCACUUCAGAUAUAAGUGUGCCACCACAGAACAAGGAAGGAAGCCUCAGGCAAAACCUGAAGACAGCACUCAUCCCUAGAAGGGGCUCAUUAUGUGUGGACUUUCUGAUUGAAAAUGUGAUGGCAGAAAUAGAGCAGGGGUGGGAGCAAUAACUGUAAGGAGAAGACAGAAUCCCCUGGUGGAUAGAUCAAUUAGUGUAUGUUCUCUGUUAUGUUUGGGAGACAUUGAAAAUUCAAAACCAACAUCUAGAACUUCGAAAUCCUAAUUAAAACAGACAGGGAGACAAAGUCACCAUAGCAAGGAAGAAGUAGUAGUAAGCAAGAUCCAAAGACUCUGCCUGCCUAAAAUUUCUUCCAGAAUGUAGCUCUGGAAAAAUACACCAAAUUAUGGGGGUAAUUGAGAAAGUUAACACGUUGUGAAAUUCCAAAGUCCCAACAAAAAAUCACAAGGCACACACAAAAAGAAUGAAAACAAUGGUGCAUCCAAAUACCGAGACAAAGGAAGUGGAACUGCAUCUAUGAAGGCCCAAAUAAUGAACAAAAUGUAAGAACAUAAUACAACACUAUUAAACAUACUCAAAGCAUUAAAGGUAAACACAAAGAUCUAAAAGAAAUCAGGAAAAUAUUGCAUGAACCAAACAAGGAUUUAAAAAAAGAGAAACACACUAAAAACAAACCAAACAGAAAUACUGGAACUGAGAGAUGAUAGCUGAAAUAAAAAGAUUUAACAACAGAUUUGAUCAGUUAGAAGAAAGAAUCAGCAAACUACAAGAUAAGAUAGUUGAAAUUACAGAAGGCUAAACAGCAACCAGGAAGGAGGCUCAAAACUGCUGAACACAGUUUAAUGGAACUAUAGGACAACACCAGGAGAAUGAAUAUGCAUCAUAGGAAUCCAAAAAGGAGAUGAGAUAGAGAAAGGGGCAAAAAGAUGAAGACAUGAUGGCUGAAAUUUUUCCAACUCUGACAAAGGAUGUAAACUUAUAAAUCCAAGAAGCUCAAUGAACUCCAAGCAGGAUCUACCCAAAAAGGUCUACUAUGAGACACAUUAUAGUCAGAUUCUCAAAAAAUAAAGUGAGAAUUCUGAAAAAAAAAAGAGAGAAGCAAACCAUCACAUAUAAAGAGUCCCCGAGAAGAUUAACAGCCAAUUUCUCCUCAGAAAUCUUGGAGGCCAGAAGGCAAUGGAAAGAUAUAUUUAAAGUGCUGAGAGAAAAAAAAAAAAGAAGGAAAAA